CCCUCUGUGGUUCACUUCAGUCUUCAUCCUGCACCGUGACGGUACAGCUGUGCUUCUGCUGGAUUCCAGUCUCUGACAAUGAAAUGGAAGUUUUUGGCAAAAUGUUAUCGACGGAAAUCCACGUCUGCGCAUCCUGCUGGUCUGGAUCCACAGCAGGGGAAUCUGAGGCUGUGAUUUGAUGCAGAACAUUCAGGAAAUUUGAAAUGCCAUCCUCCGGCCAGUACCAGGUGACAGGCCCCGCCCUCCACCACAGUCUCUACAGCCUGACGGACAGCUCCACCGCCGACCCCGAGGAUGAGGAGCCCCAAGCCCCGGCACGCCUCACCCCCCUGCAGAGGCUCACCGCCGACAUGUGCAAGGACCAGAAGACCAUCAAGGAACUGAUCAUCGGCCGCAGGGUGGGCUUCUACAAGGUCCGGGGGGAGAUCGGCUACGGGACCUUCUCCAGGGUCAAAAUGGCCUUCCACGCCCUGACCAAAGACAAAGUGGCUCUGAAGGUCCUGGACAAGACGAAGCUGGACAUCCAGGCCCAGCGUCUUCUGUCCAGGGAGAUCAGCAGCAUGGAGGCCCUGCAGCAUCCCAACGUGGUGCGUCUGUACGAGGUGGUGGACACGCCCAGUCGCCUCUACCUGGUGGUGGAGUACGCAGGGGGCGGGGACCUUCACAACAGGAUCUGCAACGAGGGAAAACUGUGUGACAACACCUGCAAGAUCACCUUCGCCCAGAUCCUCGCCGCCAUCAAAUACAUGCACAACAUGAACAUCAUCCACCGGGACCUGAAGGGGGAGAACAUCCUGUUCACCACCAGCGGCUGCGUCAAGGUGGCCGACCUGGGCUUCAGCACCCGGGUUUCAAACCGGAACGACCGCCUGGACACGUUCUGCGGGUCGCCUCCAUACGCCGCCCCGGAGCUCUUCAGGGAUGAGUGCUACCUGGGCCCCCCCGUGGACGUGUGGGCCAUGGGGGUCCUGCUCUUCUUCAUGGUCACCGGUACCAUGCCGUUCCGCGCCGAGACCAUGGGUAAGCUGCGGCGCUGCAUCAUGGAGGGCCAGUACAGCGUCCCCCCCUGGGUCCCCGGGCCCUGCCAGCGCCUCAUCAAGGGCAUCCUGAAGCAGGUCCCCACCGAGCGCUGCGCCGUGGACCAGAUGCUGGGCUGCGAUUGGCUCCUACCCGUAGAGUUCCCCUGGUCGCUGGUGACUCCCGGACCCUCCAGCUCCCUGCGGAGCCUCCUGGACUCGGAGACCGGGAGCCUGGAGGAGGAGGAGGAGGAGCAGGAGGAGGUGCGGAGCUUGCUGGAGGAGCUGGGCUUCACCUCCGACCACCUCCGGAACAACCAGCUCAAAGACAGUCGCAACCCCGUGUCCGGGGUCUACCGGAUCCUGCUGCACCGGGCCCAGAGGAGGAGGGGCUGCGACAGCCUGCCCGUGGUCCGGGGGAUGGUCCGGGACCCCAAGAGGGAGGGGCUCCGGGCCUACAGGGGCCUCAGACACACCUCCAAGCUGUGUGUGCUUUCAUAACACACUGAUGAGUUUGAUUUGCACAAGUUUUUUAUGAAUAGUUUUUAUAAUUGACGUCGUUUAAAGGUUCAGUGUGUAGGUUUACAUGGAUCACAUUCUAAUCAGAAUCCACGUUUCAUUAGUGAAGAAUCACCUGAAAAUAUGAACUAUUGUAUUUUCACCACCUUAAAUAAAUCGUUUGUAUAAACCAUGCUUCUGCAGCUCAUGCUGCCUUCAUGUGCUGUAGAAAUUAUGGUAAACUAGAGUUACAAACUUGAAAAUUGCACAUGAACGCCUCCUUGUUUUAUAUUUUCCACUGGACAACUGGGAAAAAAAUGGAUACACAAGAUGAAAAUAACCUUUGACCUUUUCACCAUGGCAGUGAUUCAUGAUGAAUGAUAAACGAUGCUUUUAUUAACGUUCUGCUGCUGUUAACAGAUGAGUUUACACAUUCAGAGCAUACACAAUUUGCAAACAUAAAAAAACUGACAAACAAAAAGUGUUGUACUAGAUGAAUGAACACGUCCAGAACUGUUUGACCCAAGUAACAGGUCAACAUAAACUAUGUCAGCAAUUUUUCAUUUCACUACAAUAACAAAAGCACUUGAACUCAUCACACUUAUAAUUUCAAAUUCACAAGUGGGAAGCAUCAUCUUCCCGACAGCACCUGAAGGCAGCAUUAGAACACACUUCUUUGAUUUUCUCUUUCAUGUCGACUGAAGUUCACUCUUCAUGUGCACUUCUGUCACCUACACUAUUAUUUAUUAUCACCAGAGUGAAACCGGCUGUAGUUUGGUGUUUUCUGUCUCCGUAUGGGAGGGUGUUCAUCGGCUGCCAUCUGCAGCUUCACCAGUGGAGGUCACUAAACUUUACACACUGAACCUUUAAGGGAAGGUAAUACUUGAAGAGACCGGUUGCAGCUUCUACUACAUCUGGUAUCAUUUAUGUUUUUCCAGAAUAGUUAAGUGCCUGAUAAAUAAACAGUAACGUCUUCAGCCUAUAGAAACGAUCGACUCUAACUGACCCCAGAGAAGAGGUAAAAAUCCAUAUCUUUAAAGUCAUACCACUUAUAUCACUAUAUAUAUAAUUUCUGCCACUAGGAGUCUCUCAACCAAAACUGUAACAAGAAAAUGUACUUUUAUAAAGUUGUGAAGUGAGAAAGCACAUUUAUUACGGAGGUAUUUACAGUACAUCACAACAUUCUAAUGAAAUAACAUAUCACCUAAUGAUAUGACACAUUGACAAGCAACCAAAUAAAAAAACUGUAAACCAAAUGUCAGAUUUAUAUGGAUGUAAGUUCACACAUUAAGAAAUAUUACAGAUUAUAGUUUUAAUCUGCAGUUUUGUCUCCGAAAAUGUACUUAAAAGAGACCAUUUUUAUUACUUGAAGGACUUUUAGAUGUUUUAAUAAAUGUUAAAGUAUCUCAAAGUGAGAAAGUUGGAAAAACAAAC